AUGUCGAAGAUAUUUCUAUUUCUUUUUAUUUUCGGAGCGGUUACCAUCGAUUUGAUAAAUGCUUGUGUUGAACAUCGUGGUGCAUGUAAUUAUUGGACGGCGACUUAUUGCUGUGAUGAUAAGGACGAUAAUUUUUUAAUUUGCUGUACCAAUACAUGGGGGGCUGGGACGUGUGAGAUUCACUAUACCAGUGGCAAUCUUUUUAGAACUUGUGCAACCGCAUAUACUUAA